ACUAAACGUCAGCAGGAAGUUCACUACAUCUGAAGCGGCAUCAUGGCACAGUACACAUGUUCAAUCGGUGACGGAGCUACAGAGGAGAUGCCCGAGCUCUCUGACGGCGAUGAUGAUGAAGAUGUUGACGGGGAUGAAGGCCAGUGGCAGUGGACGGAGGAGGACAGUCAGUCAGUUAGCUGUCUGUUCUGUGACAGAAUGCUGAGCUCUGUUCCUGCCACGUUGCAGCACUGUAUAACUGAACAUCAGAUCAGUCUUGUAGAUGUGAUGAGGAAACACCGUUUAGAUGACUAUGGAUACUUAAAAAUGAUCAACUUCAUACGAUCAACAAAAUGUGAUGCAUCCUGUCUGACGGGGCUGUUAGACGCUCCCUUCCCAUGGGAGAGUGAAGACUUCCUGCGGCCAGUCCUACAGGACGACCCCCUGCUGCAGACAGAUCCCGACGAGCUCUGUGGCACUGAGAUGUCAAGUGUGCCUCUGUGUCCACUGUCUGGUGAUGGAUCCCAUAAUGCACUGCUACAGAGGGCACAGGCUGCUGAGAUUAGAGCUCGUCACUCAGAGGAGGCGCUCUCCAGAGCCAUGGACGACCUACACAAACUUAAGCUGCUGGCUCAAGGUUUGGUGCUGAAUACAGAAACCAGAAAACCUGGAAACCUGGGCACUGUAGCCGAGCUCCGAGAAGACGAAGAUGAGGCCUACUUCAGCUCUUAUGGCCAUUACGGCAUCCACGAGGAGAUGCUGAAGGAUAAAGUGCGCACAGAACGUUACCGGGACUUCAUGUACCACAACCAUGAAGUGUUCAAAGACAAGGUGGUGCUGGAUGUAGGCUGUGGGACUGGCAUUCUGUCCAUGUUUGCUGCUAGAGCUGGGGCCAAAAUGGUUAUUGCUGUGGACCAAUCAGAAAUCAUCUAUCAAGCCAUGGACAUAGUCAGAUCCAACCAGUUGGAGGACAAGAUCACUCUGAUUAAAGGUCGCAUUGAAGACAUCAACCUCCCUGUAGAGAAGGUGGACAUCAUCAUCUCAGAAUGGAUGGGUUACUUCUUGCUCUUUGAGUCUAUGUUGGACUCUGUCCUGUAUGCCAGAGAUCUGUACUUGGCUGAUGGAGGCUCAGUUUAUCCAGACCUGUGUAAUAUAAGUCUGGCAGCAGUGGGUGAUGCACAGAAGCACCAAGACCACAUUGCAUUCUGGGAUGAUGUAUAUGGCUUCAACAUGGCAUGUAUGAAAAAGGCUGUGGUGCCCGAGGCUGUGGUAGAAGUGGUGAAAGCAGAAACCCUCAUCUCUGAACCAGCAGUCAUUCAGACAAUUGACUGUAACAGAGUUUCCCUUUCUGAGCUGGAGUUUGCAUCUGAUUUCUGCUUGAGGAUAACAAACACUACAGAUUGCACUGCAGUUGUCGGCUACUUUGACAUUUUCUUUGACAAAGGCUGCAGCAACAAGGUGAUGUUCUCCACAGGUCCCCAAGUCACAAAGACACAUUGGAAACAGACAGUUUUCCUGCUGGAGAAGCCCAUUUAUGUCCAAGCAGGGGAGGAGCUCCAUGGAAAGAUCACCGUGCGUAAGAACAAGAAAGAUCCUCGCUCACUGCUAGUCACCUUUGAACUCCGAGACAGGAAGCAAACGUACAGUCUGCAGUAACAUCCUUAUCAUCAUACAACGUUCAGCAAAUGUAGUACAUUUUAAUUGAACAUUCAUGAAUUCACAAGUUGUGUGAUAUCAAAUGUUAUAAUUUCUGUAUGUGUCUUGUAAUAAAAAAUAGAAAGAA